CGAUCGAGCGCGUGCGCUCGUCGUCCAGCGUACUAUCGCGCACAAAUCAACGUAGCGGUUGUUUGAGCAACUCUCACAGUGCUACUGACCAUUGCUUUCACUCCUGCGCUGUGACCGCGCCCAGCAAGCGCGCUCACAGCAUUAGCCAAAGCACACCCAAUUUGAGCGCAGCGAUCGACGCGACCAAAGCACGAGCCAUGGACACGACAGAACUCGACGCCGCCUGGGCCGCCCUCAGCCAGCCCUGUGGUCUACCGCCAUCUUUACAAGAAGCAGCAAAAAGGGCCCGCGGCCAGCGCUUCGGCGUCGCGGCCGCGGCCUUCGCGCGGGCCACGGCCGUCGCCGAACCCCUGCGACUAAGCGACGUCCGUAACUUACCAUCAGUAAGUGAAAUCGCGGCGAAGGCGCCCAAGAAGCCGGCGCCGGCGCCGCUGCCGGGAGGCUCAUCGCUGGCUGCUCUUAUGGGGACUACGAAAGAGGAGGAACCACCGAAACGCCGGAGUUUUGGAGACGUGCCCGAUCGGAGAAGACAACCGCCGCAACGGGCUAGACCGCGCGCGCCGAGGUACGGCCCGCCCCAAUACAGUGACGAAGAAGACGAGCCGCCGCCGCCGUCGCGAGGCGGGUUCCGCGCGGCCGGUGGCGGACAAAGACGCGGCUUCCGCGUGCCUAGAGCGAGAUCCGCCUCGCCCCAGCCCGGCGGUCAACAGCAACAAAAGAAGCAGAAGAAGCAGGAGGAAAAAAAAGAAGAAGAGGACGAAUUGCCAGAAAGAUUAAAAGGCUGCGACAAGGAGCUCGUCAAGCGCAUCGAACAGGAGGUCAUCGACAGCGGCUCGCCCGUGACCUUCGAAGACGUCGCCGGUUUGGCAGAUGCCAAAAGAUCGAUCCAGGAGAUGGUGAUUUGGCCGAUGCAGCGGCCGGAAUUGUUUACGGGGCUCCGAGCCGUGCCCAAGGGCAUGCUUUUAUUUGGACCGCCCGGGACUGGAAAAACUUUAAUUGGGAGAGCCAUCGCGUCGUCGUCGGGCGCCACGUUCUUCUCGAUCAGUGCCUCGUCAUUGAUGUCGAAGUGGAUCGGCGAGUCCGAGAAGUUGGUGCGGACGAUGUUCGCGGUCGCCGGCUACAAGGAGCCCUCCGUGGUCUUCAUCGACGAGGUCGAUUCAUUACUCAGUCAGCGCAAUUCGAACGAGAACGAGGCUUCCCGUAGACUGAAGACGGAGUUCCUGGUGCAGCUGGAAGGCGUCGGGUCGGGAGAUGCGUCGAACAAGGAAAGGGUAUUAGUCGUCGGCGCCACCAACCGCCCGCAGGAGCUCGAUGAGGCCGCGAGGCGCCGCUUCGUCAAAAGGUUCUACGUACCAUUACCGGACGACGACGCGAGGACGACGCUACUCAAAACGUUACUCGCGAAGAACCGCCACUGUUUGACGGAAGCGGAUAUUGAAGGGUACCUCGUCCCGAAGACCGACGGGUUUUCCGGGGCGGACAUGCGGAAUCUGUGCCAGGAGGCGGCCAUGGGGCCCAUGCGCGAUGUUGGUAGCAAGUUGUUCGCGGCCGGUGGUAGUAUAGACGAGUCGCAGAUCCCGCCCAUUUCCCUCAAACACUUCGACGCCGCUUUGGCCGUGACAGCUGCCACCGUGGCCCAGUCCGACUUGGAGCAGUACGAGGCCUGGAACGCGACGUUCGGAUCAGCUAGGCCGGCGUAAAGUUGUGUGAUUGACAUCGCGUCGAUAGCGUACUCUCGUGUUAAACAUUAAACAUC